CUAGCAACAUUAUCGCUUUCUACAAGAACGGACAGUGUGCUAAAAUUAUUUAUUUGUGAAUUUUCUGUUUUAAAUAAAUAAAAAUGUCGACGUUAGCUGCGCCUUUAUCAGUGGCAGGAACCAGAUAUUCAGGAGCACCCGUCCGAACACAAAAUGUGAUGGCGGCAGCAGCUAUUGCCAAUAUAGUGAAGAGCUCACUGGGCCCAGUUGGACUGGACAAAAUGUUGGUUGAUGACAUCGGAGAUGUCACAGUUACCAAUGAUGGUGCUACUAUUCUUAAGAUGUUGGAAGUUGAACACCCAGCAGCCAAAGUGUUGGUGGAGCUAGCACAGUUGCAAGAUGAGGAGGUUGGAGAUGGCACUACCUCAGUCGUUAUUAUUGCUGCGGAACUACUUAAGAAUGCAGAUGAACUAGUGAAGAACAAAAUCCACCCCACAAGCAUCAUCUCUGGUUACCGUCUUGCAUGCAAGGAGGCUGUGAAGUACAUCCAAGAUAACCUCACAGUGUCUGUGGAGUCUCUCGGCAGACCGUCCAUCAUCAAUGCUGCCAAAACCACCAUGUCGUCCAAGUUGAUUGGAGCUGAUGCGGAUUUCUUCUCUGAAAUGGUAGUAGACGCGGCGACAGCCAUCAAGACAAUGGACCCCAAAGGCAAUGCUAUCUACCCGAUCAAGGCUGUCAACAUUCUCAAGGCCCACGGCAAGAGCGCCCGGGAGAGUGUACUAGUCAAGGGCUAUGCCCUCAACUGCACUGUCGCUUCGCAGGCCAUGCCCAAGAAGAUUGUGAACGCUAAAAUUGCCUGUCUCGACUUCUCACUGCAAAAGACUAAGAUGAAAAUGGGUGUCCAGGUACUUGUAAGCGACCCAGAGAAGUUGGAGGCUAUCCGCGCCCGUGAAUUGGACAUUACCAAGGAGCGUCUCCAAAAGAUCCUCUCCACUGGGGUCAAUGUGAUCCUCUGCAGUGGUGGAAUUGAUGACCUCUGCUUGAAGUACUUCGUGGAGAAUGGUGCUAUGGGUGUGAGGAGGUGUAAGAAGGCAGAUUUGAAGAGGAUCGCUAAGGCUACAGGAGCGGCGUACCUUACUUCGUUGACUAAUAUGGAAGGUGAAGAAGUUUUCGAGGCAAGCAUGAUUGGAGAGGCUGCAGAAGUUUUACAAGAACAAAUCUGUGAUGACCAGCUCAUCUUAAUUAAGGGGCCAGCAGCACGCACAGCAGCCUCCAUCAUCCUGCGCGGCCCCACAGACGCGUACUGCGACGAGAUGGAGCGGUCCGCGCACGACGCGCUGUGCGCGGUGCGGCGCGUGCUCGAGUCGGGGCGGCUCGUGCCCGGCGGCGGGGCGGUGGAAGCCGCGCUGUCUAUAUACUUGGAUAACUUCGCUACUACGCUGAGUUCCCGCGAGCAAUUGGCGAUAGCAGCGUUCGCACAAUCUCUCCUUGUGAUACCCAAGACUCUCUCAGUGAACGCGGCACGUGAUGCCACAGACUUGGUGGCCAAGUUACGAGCUUAUCAUAACUCCUCACAAACUAAGGUAGAACACGCGAACCUCAAGUGGGUCGGUCUGGACCUAACCGAAGGCACAUUACGCGACAACCUCGCCGCCGGUGUCCUCGAACCGGCCAUUUCAAAGAUUAAAUCGCUAAAAUUCGCAACAGAAGCAGCGAUCACCAUCCUACGUAUAGAUGACAUGAUCAAAUUGGACCCGGAACAAAAGGGAAAGACGUAUGAAGAUGCGUGUAACGCCGGGGAGCUGGACUAACUUAGUUAACUUAUUGUCUUGAUGCGCGAGUAAUGUAUGGGAUAACAUAGGGACGUAUUAGGCUAUGAAGGAAAAAAAUGCCUAGCUUGUGACGUCAUACCAUAAAAAAUGUUAUAUUUUGAAUAUAUUUGUCCAUGUCCGUACUGUGUACUGAUGUGUACUUUAAAAUACGAGCAGUCAUCGAAAUAUGUAAGCAUUUUUAUAAAAUAUAGCGUAAUAUGUCCCUUAUUUCUAUUUAUAGAGAGAUUAUUAUCCUAUGCAUCUUACUCGUAUGUUGAGAUAUAGAAACUUAAUUUUGUAUUUUACAAGGUCUUAUAUACACUGCUUACGAAGUAUUAUGUUAUGUUACAAGAGUAAUUUGUGUUUAUGUUGGCCAGUUACAAUGUUUGCAGGUAUAUUGUAAUGCAACAACUUGAGGCGUCAUUGUUCUAUGUUGAUAAUAAAUGUUAAAAAAAUAACCAAAAUUUCCAAACGAAAUAACUAACGAGGCCUCUAUAACAUUGUUAUGUAAAAAAAAAACAAAAUUACAAUAUACAUUCUAGAUUUUCUGAAUCUUAUGUUAAAAAUAAAAUAUCCUAUGGAAUAUGCAAUGAAUGGUAAUGAAAUAUCUUGCACAAUAAUAAAAAAUAACUUGUUCAUUAUACACAUUGAUUUUUUUUAUUACACACAGCUUGAGUUUUAAAGUUUAAGGUACACAAAGACUGUUUAAAAUUGUCUUCUACGUUAAGAUUAGUUCACAAUUCUAAUCACAAUUAUUUGUUGGUAACUUCAGGUCACUGAAAAUAAAAUUUUAAUAUUAAUUUUAAAUUUAAAUACUUGCUACAUAAGAUCGAAUUUCAUUUGAUCUACUUAAAAAUAGUUCGUAAUGGUUUUAUGCUUUUAACAUUUAAUGCUAGUUUAUUUCGCUAGGGCCUAUGUUGGCAUAAUAAAGAUUAAUAUUUUAA